AUGCAUUUCAUGUGGCCGGUGCGCUGGGCGCGUUGUUCUCGAGUAAGCGCCAUUGGCUUGGUGUGGCGUGUGUCCGCAGGAGGCGCUGGCGGCGCGGCGGGUGAAGCGCUACGGGCGCGCAGUCGCUGUCCAUCGUGGGCGCCGCUGACGUGCUGCGUCAGCGGGCUCAUGACGAGCUCAACCGGCGACGCAUGCGCGAGCUGGAAGGCCAAUCGCAUGCAAGCAGAACCGCCAGCUGGCUCACCGCUUCCGCCGCGGUGGCGCUGUGGGGUAGCUGGGACGACAGGCUGGCGGCCGAGCAGGCGUAGACGGCCCAGUGGCCUAGACGCCUUUGAAUCUGCAAAAAGAAACCAACGAAACCCAAUUGGAUUUAUGGAUGUUCUUGGAUGUCUCUUUCUGUCCCAACAGCCACUGGGUCCAGAAGAUUUCUCUUCAUUUGAUUGACUAAUGUAAUGUAAUCUGGCGAAAAAAGGCAAAGAAAAAAGCAAAUAAUCUUCAUGAAGUGUCAAUCAGUUUUUUUUGGCUGCGCUGUUGGUCUGAUUGCAUCAUGAAACAGUCAUUGUUUUAAUGUGAUUUCUCUGUUCUGUCUCCCUGUUUCCUUGUUUGAUCUUAACUAUAAUGCUGACAUAUGUAACGAUACUGUAAAGUAUCUAUAUUUUAGUAUUAAUACAUAUUAAUCUAGAAUACAUGCUACCCGUUGUUCCAUUGCAGUCAUGUAUGGGUCGCUUUUUCUUUUGUCUCGUAGUUUGCUGUAUCAAUGGUUCUGUGAUAGCAUCUGCUGUGGAUUGCUACAACAAAUUUACAGUGUAUUUCUUUUUUUUAUUCCAGUAAUGUCUUAUAUUUCAUAAAAAAUAUAUUUUCGCAAUUCAUAAUUCAACAUUUAUUUAGUUUUCUUUUCUUUUGAAUUCAGUGUACAAUAAUGAAUUCAAAAGUAUGGCCGACUUCACAUAAUUCGAACAUAUUUUAUUCCUUGUAUAUUCAAAUUUAAAUUAUUAAAUAAUAACUAAAGAUAUAAGACGGUGGAUGCUACAUAGAAUCAAUAAUUUAGUAGAAAAUAUAUUAUUUUCUUUUUUUUAAGUAAUCUAAUAAUUCCCCCGUGGCGCAGGAUCAGCCAAAUAUUGUAAAGUCCUAAGACCUUGGUUGGUUUACAAGAGCAGAUGUUUUAUAAAUUAAACUUAUUUCAAUAAACAACUGUAGCUGCUUAUUAAAUUAAUUUUUCAAAUCUUAAAUUCUUAAUGAGUUAUUUUGUCUAAAUUAUUGACUGAAAUGUUUCUACCUAUUUAGAGGUAGUUUUAUACAAUCAACUGAACAGUAAUUCCCUUGGAUAACGUUUAAAAAGAAGAAAACUAUAAUUAAUACAGACACAUAUGUAAUAAUAGUAAAUAAAAUACUUUGUAUAGUCAAAUUAUUUAGAUAUUGUUAACAAAAAUUCUUUAAUGAUCCAAC